CCCGUCAGAGUGCGAACAGUGAGUUUGGACUGCUAAAUGCUCCAGCCUUCAGAGGGACGAUGGUGGAGGGCUGGUAAAGAUGGCGGCGCUCUCCGUGGAUGGGAGAUACGGAUUAAAUUGUGGCCAACAAAGCGCAGAAAGAGUCACUGUAUUACAUGUAAAGUUAACCGAGACAGCACUGAGGGCAAUAGAGACCUACCAAAACUGUACGAAUGUUCCUUCUCUGCGGCCAACGAUACAAUUCAAGGGACUACAAGGGCGCAUUAAGAUUCCCAAGAGUGACUCUUCUUCAGACGCCUUCCACAAUUUUGAAUUCUACCUGUCUAAUGUGGGCAAGGACAACCCUCAGGGAAGCUUCGAGUGCAUCCAUCAGUAUGCGUCGAGCUCAGGGGCCUCACACCUGGCAUUGUUGGCGACAGUACACGACAAGGUCACAGUGUGUGCCACUAAUGACUCCUACCAGGUGACCCGGGAGCGCAUGACCCAGGCUGUGGAGGACACACGAGAACGUGGGACCAAAGUCAUCAAGCCUGGUGGUCAAUACAGAGGAAAGCAAGUACAUAUCCGUAAGCCUGCACUAUCAGCUCCAGAAGUGGUCCCAGAGCGUAAACGCUCCACCCCCAUCAACCCAGCCAACACUAUUCGUAAGUGCCUUUCCAAUAACCCCGUAUCGCAGCGGCCGUUCCGAGACCGCAUCAUUCAUCUGCUGGCACUCAGGCCCUACAAGAAGCUGGAAGUGCUAGCGCGUUUGCAGCGUGACGGUAUCAACCAGAAGGACCGCAACUCAUUGGGGACCACCCUGCAGCAGGUGGCAAACCUGAAUCCCAAAGACAAUGCAUAUUUUCUGAAGGACUACAUAUACCGUGACGUCCAGCGAGACUGGCCUGGUUACUCAGAAGAUGAGAAGUCUCAGAUUGACCGGAUCCUGACUCGCAAAUUAGGUCUUCCUAAUGAGAUAACCGCAACCUCAUCCAGUGGUUCUCCCAAAGACAGCGUUCCCACAUCACCUCAGAAGCGUCAGCCAGACUUUGAUUUCAUUGAUCCUUUGGCACCGAAGAAAGCCCGCAUCUCCCACCUCAGUAAUCGAGGGCCAGCCACAUCCUCCACCUCGGAUCGCCGUGAGGACGAGGGCAGCCUCAGCUCUAAACGCUCAUCCCUACCCUCCAAUGUCACCUCAGGCCCUCCCACUCAUCUCCCCAUCUCAUCCCACCCACCUGCCCCCUCUCACCAGCAGCCUAGCCCAGCUUCUAACACCAACUCACCAAGCACCCCCGAGGGCUGUGGCACCCAGGACCUGCCCGUGGACCAGAGUUCCUCCUGCAGAGAUCCUUCACCCAAGUCCUUUUCGUCCGAUAGAUCCCUGCAGGAUCGCUAUCAGCAUCCUAACCCCGGUCCCAGACCAUCCCCCAGCCCUCCACCUUGCACCUCACUCACAGUUACCUCCACUGUCAUUUCUAGCCCUCCCUUGUCCAACAUCACCAGUAAGAAGGUUAAAAAGAAGUCUAAGAAGCACAAAGACAAGGAUCGAGAAAGGGAGAAAGGGAAGCGAAAGGAAAGAGACGGCAGUAGUUCUCAUGGUGUUGCGGAGCAGUCUGUAGAAAGUCAUAGAGCCAAGAAGAGGCAGAGCCCUGUUGAAGAGACCAGGAGAGUUAUCAGCAAAAGUUCUCACAAAGAUCAAGACUCUUCAGACAAAGGGAGGCCAGUCCAAUCCACUGAAUUUUCAUCCAAAAUAGAGACGCCUGACUAUAUCCUGAAGUACACAGCAUUGGUGUCCCUUGACCAGCGGCAAAGCUACAAGGACGAUUUCAAUGCAGAGUAUGAUGAGUACCGCCUGUUGCACGCACGCGUGGAGAACAUCACCCGCCGCUUUACCCAGUUGGACUCCCAGUGUCGGAAGUUGGCCCCUGGCACCAAAGAGCAUCAGAAGGUGCAAGAAGAAGUCGUGAAAGAGUACAAAAAGAUCAAACAACACAGCCCCAACUACCACAAAGAGAAACUGCGCUGCGAGUACCUGCACAACAAGCUGGCCCACAUCAAGCGGCUCAUAGCUGAUUUUGACCAGCGCAGAGCCCAGGCCUGGUGCUGAGAGCACAGUAGAGAACAUCUUCACUCAUCAGUAUUGAGAAUGGAGGGUCAAACCAAGAGCAUCUGUCCAGCUGUCUCUUAACUAUUGAGACCCCUUCAGUUGCUGCCUCCGCAACAGCUCCUUCCCCCACUUUCCUUACCAUUUUUCCUUCUCCUGUUAUCUUGCUUCAUUCCUCCUUUUCUUUUUGACCUUUGAUUCCACAGGCUUCAUUGGUGCCUGCAAUCCUGCUUUUCGACUUUACCCAUCAAUCCUUUGCUUUUGCAGUAUUUUUUUUUUUUCCUCUUCUUCUCCUGUGGAUUUGACACCACUGGACCAGUGGAAGGGGCCGUCUGCAUGUGUGAGCUGGUUUGUCUCUAACUUUUGAAGGACUUUCUCUUCAGACAAAAGUAUUUUUGAGCAUCAGAUAAAAUAUUAACAUGUAUUUAAGUAAAACAAAAAAGAGGGAGAUCUAUUUAUUUUGAGACUCGUAGUGCAAAGUAAGAGUCUGCAAAUGAUAUAUUGUUUAAUUUUUUUUAAACAAUGCAAAAAAAAAUACCACAGGCCUUAUGUGUUUUGACUUUGUGAAGCCAUUUUGCACGCAGAUCCAUCUGUCAUCUCAUCUGACAAAGAUGCCUGUCUUGCCUCAUUUCCUCUCAUCACUUCAAACGGCAGUGGAUAACCACACUUCAAUAAAUUGCUGAGUUUGAAGCUGAAGAGGAAGGAAAUGAGACAGGAAGAAGAAAUCACUUGAGCUGAUUGAGAAGCAACAGUUUGUGUGCAUGGGUUGUGAAUUUAAUUGCAAUGACAAAAUGGUGUUGAAGGUUGGCGUAAGCCAACCCCUCCCCCUCCCCCCACCCUGUCAGUAGGGGGCAGUAUUUCCCGCACCAAACAAUAUUUAAUGUUCACAGUGCAUUAUGGAUGCCUUAAGGUGUUUACAUUCGGAAAUGUCGAGCUGGGCCUUGGAGUCCACUGGCUGUACAAAGGAACUACAACUGCCUAGAAACAGGUCUGUGUGUGUUUGUGUGUGCGCGCGCGUGUGUGGUGUGCAGAUGUCAGUGAUGGAGAGAGGAAGGGAUGUAAAGUCUGGAAGGAGUGUUACAAAUUGUGUGUAUAGUUGUAUGGAUGUGUAUUAUGUUGAAUGAAAGGAAAAAUAGAAAUGUGGAGAAGAAGUGAAGAAAUAUAUAGAAAACAAACAAAAAAAGCUGCUAUAGUGUUUAAAACCAGCCAGGAACACUCAGGAUCAACCUGGCUGGAGUAAGAGUACCUGAUCCUACCUGAAGAAAGGAAGAAGAUCCUUAUUCGGUUCUUCUCUAGACCCUGCAAAGGACUGCCCCCCUCCCAACCUCUCAAGCUUUAUCCAGCGGCAAACAGGUUUUUUUUUAAAAAAAAGUUUGUAAGGAAGCAAAAUGUUAUCAUCCACCAGAGGACUUGUCUGUAUUAUGAUGUCAGUGCGUUUGAUUCUUGGUUAGAGCUCCACGCAGCAAUGACAGACGUGAGUUGGAGCAUUUUCUUUUUCAACAUGGAUACAGAUUUGGAUGAAUGGCUUCUAUGAAAUUAUUUCAAUGAGGGAAAUUUUAUUUACUAAGUUGUUUAAGAAUGUUUGCCAAAAAAUGUAAUUGCCUUUUUUUUGGGGGGGGGGGGUCAUGCUUCCAUGGAGUCAAAUUUCUGAUUGGGGCUAAUGUUAAGAAGUCAUUGAUUAUGCGAUGUCUCUUUCGCUGAAAUAAAACUUCCUUAAAUGUAGGAAUGUAAAAGAGGAACUUGGUCAUUUUGGUGUUGAAGUGUGAAAUAUUUUGCAGACAAGUAAGAGUCUGUACUUUCUUUUGGGGGGUGGCACUGUUUAUUUUCAUUUCCCGCAAAAAUGAAUAUUUUUCUGUCCUGUUUUUAUUGUACUUGAUUGUGGCAUUCUGUCAGAUAGUCAGUCUCUGCAGUAGACUGGCUCUUUGGGUUGGUUGUCAGAAUCAAUUUAGGUUUAUUGCAAACUCUUCUUGACUUGUUAUUUUGGACAGAUAAUUAGCACUUGUAUCGACAAAGUGUCACAACAACAGAAAAAUGUCCAUCCCGCUGUGGGGGAAAGGGCUGGUAUUUGUACUGUUUUUCCUGGUUGUGAUAAUUUCCCAGAAUUAAGAGCUACAAAGGGCUACUUCACAUAACUGUGUCCUCUUCUCGACCUUCCAAAGAUGUUUUGGGGGGGGUUUUCCCUGUAAGAGCUAAUUCAGAAUAUAA